GGCCAGCACGGCAUUGGGGCCCGCGCGCGGCCACGCAGACGGCGGCGGGUGAGUGCUGGGGUCCGGCCGCAGGUUGUCCCGAGCCUGCCGUCCAGGCUGGGACCGCGGUCCGGCAGCACCGCCCGCGAACUUGGGGUCCCCGAAACUUUGCUGGACCUCCCGUGAGCGGAGACACCCAGGAUUGUGUGGAAACACUGGAGAGAACCGCCUCCCGAUGACCCGAGAUCAGUAAUCGCCCAUUCGUGUUGGCCGAUGUUUUCCCUCUAGCAAGGGCGCAAGGACCAGAGUGAGCAGUAAAUUUCUGUCGCUGGUUACAAACUAGGAAAGAAGCAGGCAACAGGCUGAGACUGCCGCGAAGACCUAAGAAUGUCCAGCAGUCAGUCUCCUGACUCCGGGGGGGCUGAACCGGAUGACCUUGCAGGACGCGGGGCCAGCGGCACCCAACCCCCUGAUGACCUUGCAGGACCCCGGGCCAGCCGCCCCCGCCCCCGCCCCGCGGCCCCGGGGAAAGACUCUGAUGAAAGGCGGAGCCAGAAAUACCAGCUUCCCAGCAAAUACCUGGAGAGCCGCCACAGCGAACAGCAAGACCGGGACAGAGUUUCUGAAGAACUGAUCAUGGUUGUCCGAGAAAUGAAGAAAUACUUCCCGUCGGGGAGACACCGUGAACCGAGCACCCUGGAUGCCCUCAGCUAUGCCCUCGGCUGUGUGCACAGCGUACAAGCAAGCAGUGAGUUUUUCCAGACUCGCAGUCCCCAUGGAGCGCCUCAAGCAGAUGUGACCACGUACAGUCUUGGGGAGCUGGCCUCCAUGGCUGCAGAGCACACUUCCAAGAACACAGACACCUUCGUGGCCGUGUUCUCAUUGGUGUCUGGGAGGGUGGUGCACAUCUCCGAGCAGGCGCCUUCCGUCCUGAACUGUCGGAGAGAGUCCUUGGCGUCCUCUCACUUCGCGGAGCUGCUUGCCCCUCAAGAUGUGAGGACGUUCUACACACACACGGCCCAGGCUCAGCUUCCCGUCUGGAGCAGCUGGACCCAAAGAGCAUCGCGGUACGAACUGGCUCCCGUGAAGUCCUUUUUCUGCAGGAUCCGCGGAGGCGGCGGCCGAGGGCAGCCUUACGCCCCGUUCCGGGUGAUUCCCUAUUUGAUUCACGUGCGGCCGCAGUCGGAGCCGGAGCCGGAGCCGGAGCCGGAGCCCUGCUGCCUCGCGCUGGCCGAGAAGAUGCACUCUGGCUACGAAGCUCCUCGGAUCCCGGUGGAUAAAAGAGUUUUCACCACAACACACACUCCAGGCUGUGUUUUUCUUGAAAUAGAUGACCGGGCCGUGCCUUUGCUGGGGUACCUGCCGCAGGACCUGGUCGGCACGUCCAUCCUCGCGCACCUGCACCCGGAAGACCGCUCUCUGAUGGUCGCCGUCCACCAGGAAGUGCUGCGGUCCGCGGGCCACGCCCCCUUUGAGCACCGCCCCGUGCGCUUCUGCACACACAACGGCGACUACGUCACCCUGGAUUCCAGCUGGUCCGGCUUCGUGGACCCGUGGAGCCGCAAGGUGUCCUUCAUCAUGGGCCGGCACAAAGUGCGGACGAGCCCGCUGAACGAGGAUGUCUUUGCUGCCAGAAUAAGCAAGAUGGGCAAUAACGACAAAGACAUAACGGAAUUACAGGAACAGAUUCACAAACUUCUGUUACAGCCAGUCCACGGGAGCGCCUCCAGUGGCUACGGCAGCCUGGGGAGCAGCGGGUCCCAGGAGCAGCACGUCAGCGUGGCCUCCUCCGGCGAGUCCAGCGGGCCAGGGGCGGAGGACGCCCAGAAGGAGCCGUUGACUUUGCAGCAGGUCUAUGCCGGUAUAAACAAAAUUAAAACCCUGGGGCAGCAGCUGUUCAUCGAGUCCAUGGCCAAACCACCCAACAAGCCAGCGGUGGGGACGCACGCAGGACGGCCCAGUGGUGAGCAGAAGGCCUUUUCUUCCGUACAGCCCUGGAAGAAUGAGAGCGUGCGCACUGAGUCUUGUCAGGGUUUGAGGAAAGACCAGCAUAGCCCCUCCUACCAGCAAAUCAACUGCAUCGACAGUGUCAUCAGAUACCUGAGGAGCUGCCGCGCCCCAGCUCUGAAGAGGAAGUGUCUCUCCUGCACAAACACCACUUCGUCCUCAGAAGACGACCGGCAGGCCCGCGAGGCAGACGGUGCCCACGCCUUGCGAGCUGCGUCUCGGAUCCCAUCAGUCCCUUCACCAGAAGUGCCCGCUCACGGACGGUCCACCGGUGCCGAGGGCGGAGCUGCGCGGACCGAGGCCAGGGCGGCGCCGAGCCUGGGCUCCGGCAUCAGCCAGUGCAGCUACAGCAGCACCAUAGUCCACGCCCCGCCCCCAGAGCCAGCAGAACCGACUCCCGCCGAGGACGCCGCCCCCGCCUGCGAGCCCUGGGCGCCCGGCACCCUGCCAGCCCCGUUGACCGCAGAGGAGUCUCAGCACGUGGGGCUCACCAAGGCCGUGCUGUCGGCACACACGCAGAGGGAGGAGCAGGACUACGUGGACAGGUUCCGGGAGAAGAUGCUGUCCUCCCCCUACAGCUCCUACCUGCAGCACGAAGGCAGAGGACAGGCCACGUGUUCAGAUGGUCAAGGAGCCUCCUCUCCCGGGCAGGCCAGGCCUCCUGGGGGCAAGAAGGGGAAGCACAAGCGGAAGAAGCUGCCGGAGCCACUGGGCAGCCGGUGUGCGGGGGACGCCUGCUGUCCCCACUUCAGAAGGGACGUCCAGGACGCUCAGCCCUGGAGCCUGCCCCCUGCCUCCCCUCUCCAUGCCCCCGGCCUGGCGUUCCCAGCGGCGGUGGUGGCUCCCAGCCAGGCCCUCCCUUACCUCGUGCCAGCGUUGCCCUUGCCCACUGUGGCCCCGGGGGGGCACUGCCCGCCUUUCCCAGAUGUGCCUUCACCUUAUACGGAGACUUUCCUAACUGUUGUGCUGCCUGGCCCCUCUGUGUGCCCUCUGUGGGCACCGUCGUUCUCUCCAUACCUGUAUUUGGGUGCAGCAGGCCCUUCUGAAACGCCACCCUCAGUACCAACAGCAGCUCCCAGUAUGGAACCACCACCUCCAGUCACCACCCAGAGGGGCUCUGGGCAGAGCUGGGAGACGCAGAGCGCAGGGCGCCCGCCCAGCUCCAGGGGCAGCUCGCCGCUGCAGUUGGCCUUGCUGCAGGAGGACAGGCCCCCGUCCUGCGAGUCUGCAGAGCAGCAGUGUGCUCCAGGCCACAGCGGGGAGAACAACCAUUUCUCUGCCAGGGACCUGUCCCCGGGGCCCCUGCCCAGGGAGUCCCCACCUGGACCCGGCUCUGCGGCAUCAGGGAGCAGUGGCAGCAGCAUGUGCCUCUCUGGUAGCGACGGCGCCUCUGAAGUCGCCCCCGACGGGCGGCAGCCUCGGGAAGUGCGGGCGGGGGACGCCGUUCCCCACGCAGCGGAGGAGCCCGUGUGGAGGAUGAUAGCACAGACGCCCGAGUGCGUCCUCAUGACGUACCAGCUGCCCGAGAGGGUGCAAGACGUGGUCCUGAGGGAAGACCUGGCGAAGCUGGAGCGCAUGAGGCGGCGGCAGCCACAGUUCUCCGCGGGGCAGCGGGCGGAGCUGGCCGGGGCGCAGAGCCGGGGCCUCCCUCCGGGAGCGGACACGCACGCCUGUGCCUCCUGCAGGGACAGAGCCGCGGGCGGUGGCACGGGAGGAGCCUGCAGCCAGGACCCCGGACGGCAGCUGAGUGGCUGUGAGGUGCCGAGCACAGCCUCCCGGGACAUCUCGGAGCCCCUGACUGUAAAUGACCGCGGCGUUGUCCUUGAACGCUAAGGUUUCUCCUCCUCGGCCUCUCGACGGAAUCGCUUCUCCGAAACAGACUUGGUAUAUAGAAUCUUUUCCUUCUCCCUGUUCCCGGCGUAUGAAAACACAGCCGGCUUUUUCUGGCUCAGCUGUGUCCGGAGGACUGGAGGGCUUCGCAAAGCUGUGUGUGCAGCAGAGGGAGGGAUAGUGAGCGUAGACGGCAGAGCCCAACCAGACCUCAGCCUCAUGGCCUUGGCUCUGCUGCUACGUCCGUCAUUCCCGUCCGAAGACGAGGCAAGUCCCGCCCAUGGCCCUGCGCCUCCCGAGGUCCCUAAACUGUCCAGUCAGCACAGGUGACGCUGCCCCAUGACCAGCACCAGACGCCCGUGAGCUCACAGCACCCGGCCCUCCUGUUUGCCGAUGGCACGCGCUGCCCGCCGGCCCCGGGGUGCCGAGCUCCGAGGGCAUCUGGACCAUCCGCACAGAGGCUCCCCCUCGGGCUCCACCUGCCACGGAACCUGAGUCUCAUCUGCAGAAGCGACCCGCUGCAGCCGGCUCAUUCCGGGGCCGUUGAAGUUCGCUUCCGCGUGUGAAAGCUUCUGACUCAAUCAGUGGUAUUUCCUUUUUAAUGUCUUUGUUUUUAUGGUUGUAAAUCAUACAGUCAUAAUCAGUGAUUGUAAAUCAUCGUAUGAUUGUAAAUCAUACAUCAGUGAUUGUAAAAAGGUUUGUAGAAAUUAAUAUUGGUUUUAUAUGCGUCUGUGUUUAAAUGCUUUUAAACCAAAACUACCA